AUGACACUCCAGCCUCACCGUUCAAGGCAACCACUGCGCGAGCCGUGGACGACAGAGCGGUUCUACCAGGAACGCGCUCUAGCAUGCGACCACGCGCUCGACUCCAGCACCCGCUCCACGUACUCUUCUCAUCUCAACUCAUAUCUGGCUUUCUGCGACGCACAUGCUUUCCCCUACACCCCCACAGCCGACAUUCUCUCCUUCUACGUUGUGUACAUGUCCUAUCACAUCGAACCCCGCUCCAUCACUUCCUACCUUUCCGGCAUCUGCAGCUCGCUCGAAAGCUACUACCCCGGUGUCCGCAAGCUCCGCAACGAUCCGCUGGUCGUGCGCACUCUCAGGGGCUGCAUGCGCAUGCGGAGCAAACCAGUGCAGCGCAAGAGAGCCCUCGAGUGCACUGACCUACAACGCGCUAUCACCACGUACCCGCCCAGAUCGUAUGAUGAUCACCUUUUCAUGGCGCUCCUCUUCACGGGUUUCCACUGCCUUCUGCGGCUCGGCGACAUGGUCCAGCCCGACAAGCCAGAACUUCGUACCCUACGGAAGAUCACCCGCCGAGCUUCCCUCACUCUCGAUGAUGAGCCAGUCACUUUCACUCUCCCCACGCACAAGUCUGAUCGCGCAUUUGAGGGCGACCAUGUCGUCCUUACCAACUUGAUCAACGCCGGCCCAGAUCCCGUUGCCAUCUUCCGCACCGGAAGUACGAGCACCGCGACCGGAGGAGUCGAGGCACGAACCGGGACGAGCAUCGUUGGAAGCGAGGCUGAGUAUGCCCCGGUUCGUGUUUUCAUCGAGAAGACCUUGUCCCAGUAUCGACUCCACCAACUCUCUCGCGAUGAGGCUGUCAGCGCCUUCAGCAAAUACUUCCACCCAGUCGCCGAGAAGCUCGGAACACCUGUCGAGAACGCCAACAGUGCAGUCUGA